AAAGGAGGAGCCUUCCAUUAUAUUCUUCAACAAUUUCCUUUCUGACUUCAAACACACUAUUUCAGUGAGGGAAAACACUGGCCAUGAUCACUUCCAUUUUCACUUAUUUUCUUCUUCUAUUUCUCAUUCACUUAUUUUCUAAUGAAUUUAUAUCCCUCCAAGCAAGCGAAUUUGUUUCCUAUUCAACCAACUUCACAACUUGCUGGGAGAUAGAGAGAAAUGCACUUCUCAAGUUCAAAGAAGGUCUCCAAGAUCCUUCAGGCCGGCUUUCUUCUUGGGUUGGCAAUUAUUGUUGUACAUGGUCAGGUGUUGGCUGCAAUAGGCAAACGGGCCAUGUCACGAAGCUUGACCUCGGUAUGCCGCCCAGCAGUUUUAAUAUUAAUGAUCCAAAAGCUUUUGAUUUUGCAUCCUUACAAGGUACGAUAAGUCCUUCAUUGCUUGAUCUGAAAUAUUUACAUUACUUGGAUCUAAGCUGGAACAAUUUUGAACAAACUCCAAUCCCCAACUUCAUUGGUUCAUUCACCAAGUUAGAAUACCUUAAUCUCUCUUAUGCAUCUUUUAGUGGCUUGGUUCCUCCCCAUCUUGGAAAUUUGUCAAACUUGCGUUACCUUGAUCUCUCCUCACAAAGCUUAGAUCAAGAUACCUUGGUUUCUGAUUUGAAUUGGAUCCGUGGACUCUCUUCGUUGGAACUUCUCAGAAUAAAGGUAGCAAACCUUAGUUUUGCUUCAGCCAGUUGGUUGCAAGCUAUAAACAAGCUUCCUUCCUUGAUGGAGUUAGAUUUGUCUUCCUGUAGACUCCAUGACAUCCCUGCCUCUCUUCCAAUUUUGAACUUCAGUUCUAUUCAGGUCAUUGAUCUUUCACAAAAUGAUUUCAAUUCACCAUUACCUGGUUGGUUGUUCAAUAUCAGUUCUCUUGUUGAGCUUGACUUGUCUUCUAAUGGCUUUAGUGGACAAAUACCUCCAUCUAUACAAAAUCUUAAUAACAUGAGGGAUCUUGUACUUUAUGAAAAUGAUCUCUCGGGUCUGCUUCCAAUUUCUAUUGGAAACUUAUCAUCCUUAGAGACUUUAUUUCUCUCUUCCAACCAAUUGAAUGGAACAAUUCCUGAAACCACUGGACAAUUGAAAAAGUUGAUUAUGUUAGAUCUUAGUUCUAAUAAUUGGGGAGGUGUUGUGUCUAGAAUUCAUUUUCUCCACCUAAACAAUAUGAAGGUUUUUCUGUUAUCCUCUGUCAAAGAAAAGCCACUCGUAUUUGAUGUGGGAUAUGACUGGAUUCCUCCUUUCAGUCUAAAUUUAAUCUUCAUUAAAAAUUGUCAAAUGAAUCCCAAAUUUCCUAUAUGGCUCCAAACUCAGAAGGAACUGAAGAUUGUUGAGCUUAUAGAAGUUGGAAUUUCAGGUUAUGUACCUGAUUGGUUCUGGAAACUGAGUCCACAAAUUGAGAAGUUAUCUCUUCACAAUAACAAAUUGUGUGGAGAGCUUCCAAGAUCAUUACAAUUUUCACAUUCUUCUAUAGACCUCAGUGUCAAUUUAUUUGAAGGACCGAUUCCACUAUUUUCUGGUGUCAACAUGCUCGGUUUGAAAAACAACUCACUCUCAGGACCAAUUCCAGCAAAUUUUGUCGAUGCCAUGCUACAUUUAGAAUUUAUGGAUCUUUCUGAGAACUACUUCAAUGGCAGCAUUCCUUCUUCAAUAAAUAAGUUGGAGAAGUUGGAAGUUCUGUUGCUACAAAAUAAUGAACUUUCUGGAAAGAUUCCUUCAAUGAAUAGAUUGAAAAAUUUAUGGACAUUAGACCUUUCAAAUAACAAUUUAUUUGGCAGCAUUCCAAGCUCCUUGUGCUCACAGUCUCCUCUUAUUCAUUUGAAAUUGAAUGGCAACAAUUUUUAUGGAAAGCUUUCAUCCUUGCAAAACUGCACAAACUUAGGUACACUCGGUCUGGCAAAUAAUCAGUUUCAUCGAGGCAUUCCAAGAUGGAUUGGAGAAACUCUAUCUUGUUUAUCAAUACUACAAUUACGAGGAAACAUGUUUAGGGGAAAGAUACCAAAAAGUUUGUGCAGUCUUCCUUUACUCCAUGUUUUGGAUUUAGGGCAGAAUAAUUUUUCGGGAUCAAUUCCACCAUGUCUAGGCAAUUUAAGUAGCCUGUAUCACUCAAAAAAUAGUACUUUUGUAUCUGCUGCUGUUGCUGCUCAUGCUCUUGUUGCUAAUGCUGUUGCUGCUGCCACUACUGUUGCCACUGUUGUUUCCACUACUGUUGCUAGUGGUAAGAAGGGUGCUAUUGUUGCUGCUACUAUUCUUGAGGGGUUUAUGCCUUUCCUUUCUGGAAUGCGGGACAUGGAAUUUAAUGUUAAAGGACAAACACUUGAAUUUGUUAACAUUAUUGAUCUCGUGAAUUUGAUAGAUUUAUCAAGUAAUAAUCUUGAAGGGGAAAUUCCAGAAGAGAUAACGAAGCUUUCUGCCUUGGGUACAUUGAACUUAUCUCGGAAUCAAUUAACAGGAAACAUCCCUAAGAAGAUUGGAGACUUGAAGCUAGUAGAGACUCUUGACCUCUCAGUCAACCAUCUUUCAGGCCCGAUUCCUGCAAGCAUAUCGUCUAUGACAUUGUUAAGCCAUCUAAAUUUGUCUUAUAAUGAUUUGUCUGGGCAAAUCCCAUUAGCAAACCAAUUCCAAACCUUCAAUGAUCCAUCCAUUUAUGAAGGAAAUCCAAAACUUUGUGGAGCUCCAUUGCCAAUCAACUGUAAUGCUCCUCCAGACGAACCUUUUGGCAAAGACAGAGAUGAAAGCUGCUCAGAAAGGUUGUGGUUCUACAUUGGAACAGCAUCUGGAUUUGUGGUGGGAUUCUGGGUUGUUUGUGGAACUUUGGUGAUCAAGAGGUCUUGGAGACAUGCCUACUUCCGCUUCGUGGAAGAAAUGAAAGAUAUGAUCUACAUCUUCAUUGUAGUGAAGGCAGCUCGUUUGCAAAAGAAGUUGAGACCGUGGUGAAGGUAAUAAAUUUAUGUCUUUCGUUGGGUUACUACUCCAAAUCUGCCAUUUGUGUAGCCAUGAGAUGUGCAGUUUCUACUUAGGAGGCUUUGAAAUAUAAAGUCCAAUCAGUUUGGUGGAUGUUUAUCUUGUGUUUCCAAUAACAAUAGAGUUUAUUACUUGUGCUGUCAUGGAAUGUGAGUGUUUUCAAUCAAUUGUUGUGUGCUCUUGAGAGUUUUGGUGAAUCAAAGAAGUUGUCUUGUUUAUAUCAUUUCGAUUAAUGAAAAUUGAUGUUCUAU